GGAGUUGACUAAAAGUUGCUCCGUAAGUUUUUCCAGGUAAAGCACUUCCAACACAGGUGAACAUGCAGCGACCUCCUUUUCGCCUCUAGGUUGGCAGUCGCAGACGAUUAUGAUGCCGUUUUUGACCAAUUUGAUACAAAUGGAAUAUGGACGGCGGUACAUGACGACCGAUCAAAUAAAUUGGCGCGCACAUUAUUGUGGGAUGAUCGAUUGUCGCUGUUUUCUCUGAUUGGCUCUGAAUGAACCUGUGUAAGAAAGCGCAAUUCUUAAACGUUGUCUGAAUGAAACGCAGUUUGUAUUGUUUGUUGAUGAUAUGGGGUUUAUGUAGGCUAUUAUGACUUAGUGAAGUUGCGGUAGUGUAGCGUUUGAUUGUGCCAGCCAUGCGUGAUAUAAAAAUGUUUCGGCGUUCAGUUUUCACCGCGGAGAUGAUGGACGUGUUUGAACUCGUCUUGCAGUCAAAGGAGCUUUGUAGAGACUUCAUUCACUCCAGGAUAAUAAGAGAAGGACUCAGUUGGUCAAAAGUUGAGCCCGAUUUUCCCGAAUCACAUGGAGCUCUUGCAGAUGUGUCUAUGGUGCUUCUUAAACUAGGAGAUGAGCUGGAGUACAUGAGACCGUAUGUCUACCGUAAUAUUGCUAAGCAGCUGAACAUCAGUGUAGCAGUGGAGGCUGUGGUGUCAGACGCAUUUCUCUCUGUAGCAACACAGAUUAUAGCCAUGGGGAUCACAUGGGGAAAAGUGGUGGCCAUCUACGCUGUAGCUGCUGGCCUGGCUGUGGAUUGCGUGCGUCAGGGCCAUCCAGUCGUGGUGCACACCAUAGUGGACAGUCUGGGAGAGUUCGCGCGUAGACGUUUGGUUCCAUGGCUCAGAAAGAGAGGAGGAUGGGGAGACAUUUUAAAAUGCGUGGUGAACAUGGACUCCAGUGCUCAUACUCAUUGGUUAUUAGCAGCUUUUUUUACAUGGAGACAAUUCCUAAAGACUGUGUUCAUCUACCUGACCAAGUAGCCUUGUGCAGAAAAUCAUCCUAAUGACGGAGAGUUGAAUUCUUCCUUCCCUGAACUAUUUAAAUAUGUUUGUUUAAUCCUGGGGAGCAAACAGUCCAUCACUGAAGUCAGCACAUUACCCAGGUUCAAUCGCACUUUAAUCAUUUGUUAAUAGACUAUGCCUUUAUUCGAACAAACACUAUGAGCUGACAUAAUGAGGGUAAGGUAAUGGGGCCAUUUUUGCGACUCUAUGGAAUUUUGUAUGGAUGUGCUCUACUGAUAUUUUAUACUGAAUGAUUGUGUCAUUUCAAUGUUUGACAAUAUCAGAUUUUUAUUUUUUACAAAAUUGCUAAAAUGAUUACAUUUGGAGAAUCACUUUACACUUUGAGGUAUUAUACAGUUUGUGUGGUUUGUGUGUAUUACACCGAGUUGUCACCCACUGUAUACAUCUUAAAAAAAUAAAGAUUUUAACCAUG